AUGGGGAAAGGAGUCACCACUUGGGACAUGAUGGCAAGCGCGGCAUCCCGAGCAACGAGGAGGGAUUAUCUGGAAAAAUUCGAUGCUCGCGCGUAUGCGCGCAUGAUGAACAACCUAACGAAAUCCCAGGUUUCGUUUCAGCAAGAGGAACUCCGUCGCCUUUUUCAAUCGGAUCUGGUUCAGGGCAAAACCCUUCUGGAUGUAGGCACUGGCCCUUCCAUUUGCCGAUUGUUCGCACUCUCUCGUCACUUCAACGACAUCGUGUUGAGUGACUUAGUCGAAGGCUGCAGACUGGAACUCAACAAGUGGAUCAGCAAGGAUGAAGAUGCCGUCGAUUGGACCGCCCGUGCCGAGGAAUUUGCUGAACUGGAAAGCUACAGCGACAUCAAGAAGGGGACGUUGGAAAUACAAGAGCGCACUCGCUCCUCCAUCCGGAAGGUGGUUCCAUGCGACGUCUUGGAACCCGGAGUUCUCCCGGGGGAACACAGGGAAACCUUCGACGUCGUCUUCUCCGGCGGCACCCUGGAAUCGGCCGCCGUAGACGAGGAGUCCUACCGAAUCGUGGUGAAAAACGUGGCAGCACUCUUGAAACCUGGCGGCCUGCUUGUUUUAGCUGGUUUUGGAGGCUUGAAAAACACCUAUCGCCUGGGAACCGCUGACUUUCCUCUGCCUAACUUUACCGAAGACGUGAUCAAACAAGCACUGAAAGAUGCUGGUUUUGAAGUCUUAGUAGACCGUACCAAAAGAAGUGCCGCUGAGUUUGGGACACCCGAGGUAUUCGCUUUCGUCUUCGCGGCUCGCAAGCCUUGAGUCCGAUUAGAGCAGCGUGGUUUUUUUUUGGCAUCUUUUAUUUUGCCCUCUCCGGCCUACCCUAACCCCAACGUCCGUGCCUGAGAAAAUAAAUCUUUACUACUACUUUCGUUUUUUCUCCAAA